GACAAAACCCCAAGUAGUCUUUAGCGUGUCUGUCGUUCUUAUUUGAAAAUAUUGUCUUAACCCAAAUUAGUUGAAUGAUCGUUAUCAACUUAUCACACAUUCCAAAAUAAAUACUGCAACACCACUGACAUGAAAAUUUGCAUUGGUUGGAGUACUUGAAUUCUACUUCUACAUCAUACCGUCUUGUAUCAUGAAGAAGAAGACUGUGGGCUCAAGAGGGGUUCUCACUGGAUUUCUAGUAAUCCAGUUAGUUGCCUUGGUUUCAUUAGUUCAUUUCACAGAGGCCGUCGAUAACCCGCCGGAACAGUUUAAUCGGAGUUGCUUUCCUGCUGGAUUCACUUUUGGAACAGCUUCUUCUUCAUAUCAGUAUGAAGGUGCAGCAAGUAAAGAUGGUAGAGGACCAAGUAUUUGGGAUACGUUCACCCACAAAUUUCCAGAAAAGAUACUUGAUGGUAGCAAUGGAGAUGUAGCGGUUGACUCUUAUCAUCAGUACAAGGAGGAUGUUAAGAUUAUGCAAGAAAUGGGAUUGGACAGUUACAGAUUUUCCAUCUCUUGGUCCAGAAUACUACCAACCGGGAAAUUAAGCGGAGGAGUAAACAAAGAAGGGAUCAAGUAUUACAACAACCUCAUCAACGAACUCUUAUCAAAAGGUGUACAGCCCUAUGUGACGCUGUUUCACUGGGAUCUUCCCCAAGGCCUUGAAGACGCAUAUGGGGGAUUUUUAAGCCCUCACAUUGUGGAUGACUUCAAGGAUUAUGCAGAACUAUGCUACAAAGAAUUUGGUGAUAGAGUUAAGCAUUGGAUCACAUUAAAUGAGCCAUGGACAUUUAGCAACGGGGGUUAUGCAUUGGGAAAUUUCGCACCUGGUCGAUGUUCUAAGUACGUUGACCCUAACUGCACUGCUGGUCAUUCCGGGACUGAACCCUAUUUGACUGGUCAUUAUCAGCUCCUAUCUCAUGCUGCCGCAGUCCAUGUUUAUAAGCUCAAGUAUCAGGCAUCACAAAAGGGAAAAAUUGGAAUCACAUUAGUGUCUCACUGGAUGGUACCCUUUUCCAAUGCUAAAAGUGAUCAACAUGCUGCGCUUCGAGCCCUCGAUUUCAUGUACGGUUGGUUCAUGGAUCCAUUAACAUUCGGCCGAUAUCCACUGAGCAUGCAAUCUCUAGUUGGAGAUAGGCUUCCAAAAUUCAAUAAAGAAGAAUCUGACAUGGUCAAGGGUUCAUUCGACUUCCUCGGACUCAAUUACUACACUGGCAAUUACGCAGAACAUGUUAUGAACGCUAAUAACAAUAUUAAUCCUAGUUACACCACUGAUGCUCAAGCUAAGCAAACUACUGACAGAAAUGGCGUUCCCAUCGGUCUUAAGUCGGGAUCUCCUUGGUUGCAUGUGUACCCACAAGGAAUAAAAAGUCUACUGCAUUACACAAAGCGAAAGUACAAGAAUCCUAUAAUUUACAUUACUGAAAAUGGGAUAUCAGAGAAAAAUGAUCCAACAUUAUCGUUGAAAGAAGCGUUGAAGGACGACUUGAGGAUCACUUACUACCAUAGCCAUCUCUACCAAGUCCAAAGAGCUAUCAAGGAGGGUGUUGAUGUCAGGGGAUACUUUGCAUGGUCUUUGCUAGACAACUUUGAGUGGAAUGCUGGCUACACAGUUAGGUUUGGGAUCAAUUUUGUGGACUAUAAAGAUGGUUUAUUGAAGAGAUAUCCUAAAUCUUCUGCACUAUGGUUCAAAAACUUCAUCAAGAAACCCUAGAUGACCAAUGCAUGCGCAAAAAGCCGCCCUAGCUAUAUACUACUAUUACAGAACAAAUAAGAGCCUAUAUAUAAUCAUCUUUUGUGCAAAAAUAAAUGAAGAGUUUUGUUUCUAUGUGAUUUUUCUCGUGUGAGUUUUGUAUAAUUUUUUUGGAUGAAUUAUUUGGAAAAGAAAAUUGUUCAUCCAUUGUUUAAGUAAUUUUAAGCUAGUAACAUCUUGAUCAACCAUUUUA